AUGAAUGCUGUUCUGCGACCAUUUUGCAAUUGCCGCAAAUGUGGCAAGUUAAAAGUCAAUCAACGUAUUGUCAUCAUAAAGGAAUACGAAUCAUCACGUUCCAAGAAGCCCAGUAUUAAAAGUUUGGCAACCAAAUAUGAUUGCUGCUUUUCGGAAAUCAAGAAAAUUCUAUUGAAUCGUGCCUCCAUACUUGCAGCCUAUAAAUCAAUGGGCAGCAGUGCCCGCAAUAUUGAGCGUUUACAAAUUCAACAAAGAGAAUUAGCUGAUUCUCGUGCCCUGGAGCGUCGAGAAAAAAUUUCGUUUCUGGGCAAAGCAAUGUUUGAAUACAUCCAACGUGUAAUGUAUGCCAACUAUAAUAUCGAUGACGAGAAAGUCAUUCAGAAAGCUUGGGAAUUUAAACAUCAAAUUAAUGUGGACUCUUUUGAACCGGAUCAACGAUGGCUUUUGAAUUUCAAACGUAUGUAUGGUAUAUGGUCAUUCGAUUUAAAAGCACUGCGGAAAAGUAUACGCUUAACAGAGGCCAAGGAACCACAUUUAAGUACCACCAAUAUAAUUGAAUAUGUUCGGAGAAGAGCGACUUAUAAUCAAAAUAAUGGCGGUAUGGCCAUAGCAUCAACAAAUCAUAGUAUUAUCAAAAGCAAUAAUGGUAUCAAGCGAUUUGAUAUUGUUGAAGAACAUAUACUACCCGACCAUGAAUCUCAAGCAGAAAUGCCACAACAAUAUUCACCACCCGAUGACAAUUUACUUGAACCAAUAGAUAACUGCAAUUCGGAACCUACAAUAGUCUAUGAUAAUGCUGAAGAUGACUCGGACGAUGUUAUUCCCAAUGGUGUACUACAAAACAGCAGUAUUAUCAUUACAGAAGAAAAUUUCGCCACAAAUAUAACACCACCAACGUGUCAGCCAGUCAGCACCACCAAAAGAACAUCAAAAUUGGCCAGUAUUGAAUCGGUCGAGGAGGCCUUAGAACAUUUAAAACUUCUAGAAGAAUUUGCUAUGCUGGAAGAUAAUUUCCGGGCUAUAGGCUUGCUAACACAGCUGGAACAAUGUUUCAGUAAGCAGCCAAACAACACCGCAUAA